CAAUGUGUACGGAAGUGUUAUCGCUUCUGCUUGUAGGAUCUACUGCUGACUCUUUUUCAUUUGGAAUUUCGCAACGGUAAUGCCGUUUUUUGGGCAGCCACACUAGCAGUUUUGACAUAAUGAGAAUAUUAUGAUUUUCCUCAACAAAAAGGAGCAGACAAGUUGUCAAAUUCACGUUUGACAAAGACUUCCAGCGACUCGGAGGAAGUCCAAAAUGAGCUCUCAGGAUGUAUUGAGGAAUGCGUCCACUUUAGCAUCGUAUAAUGUGUUGCUACAGGUGAUGUUCCGUGUCCUCACCUUCUUGCUGAAUGCUUUCACACUUCGGUUCGUGUCCAAAGAGCUGAUUGGGGUGGUCAAUGUCAGGCUUACGCUACUGUACUCCACAUUAGUAUUUUUAUCCAGAGAAGCUUUCAGGAGAGCCUGUCUGAGCGGGGUAUCUGGGACAAACCACAGCUGGAGACAAGUUAUCAACCUGCUGUGGCUGACGUUGCCUCUGGGUGUGCUAUGGGCAGCCCUGCUGGUCUCUGUUUGGCUGUGGCUCUUGAAGGUCCCAGACCCCCAGUCUGUCCCUUACUAUGGUCCUGCUGUGAUGCUGUUCGCCUUGUCAGGAGUGCAGGAGCUCCUGGCUGAGCCCCUCUGGGUCCUGGCUCAGGCUCACAUGUUUGUCCAACUGAAGGUGGUUGCUGAGAGCUUAGCAAUGAUCGCCAAGUGCAGCAUAACUGUGGUGCUGGUGGUGUUUACCCGUGAAUGGGGCCUUUACAUCUUCUCUGCUGCUCAUUUGGUGUACACAGGAUUCCUGGUGCUGUGCUAUGCUGUCUACUUUGUUCGUUUCUUGGGCUCUAAAGAGGCAGCCAAGAAGAGUUUUCCUCUGCACCGUGUUGGAGAUCUUCUGCCCUGUAGAGCUGAUGGAGAGCCUCUGAUUGAUUGGACUCUGGCCCGGCUCACAUGGAGCUUCUUCAAGCAGUCCUUUUUGAAGCAGAUCCUCACAGAGGGGGAGCGUUACGUCAUGACCUUCUUGAACGUCCUCAGCUUUGGAGACCAGGGAGUUUAUGAUAUUGUCAAUAAUCUGGGCUCCAUGGUGGCCCGCUUCAUCUUCUUGCCUAUUGAGGAAAGCUUCUACAUCUUCUUUGCCAAAGUGCUGGAGCGAGGACGGGAUGUCACAAGUCAGAAACAGGAAGAAGUUUCCAUUGCAGCCGAGGUCCUGGAGUGUCUGCUGAAGCUGGUGCUGGUGAUCGGGCUGAUUAUCACGGUGUUUGGCUAUGGCUACUCUCAUUUGGCUCUGGACAUUUAUGGCGGAUCUCUGCUGAGCAGUGGAGCAGGGCCCACUUUGCUGAGAUGCUACAGCUGCUAUGUUCUCCUGCUCGCUAUAAACGGUGUAACGGAGUGUUUUGUAUUUGCUGCCAUGAGCCAACAAGAGGUUGACAAGUAUAACUUUGUGAUGCUGGCCCUGUCUGUGUCUUUCCUGUUCCUGUCCUACGUGCUGACAUGGUGGGCUGGUGCUGUGGGCUUCAUACUGGCAAACUGCCUUAACAUGGGCCUCCGUAUUUUGCACAGCCUGCUUUACAUACACCACUACUUCCAGUCCAGUCAAUGGAAACCUCUGCGAGGCCUGUUGCCCUCCCCUCACUUACUACUGGCACUUGGUGUCAGUGCUGUUGUCACUUCGCUGUCUGAGGGUCUGUUGUGCUGUGACAGAGGCUGGAUGCUGAGGCUGCUCCAUAUCGGCGUAGGAGCAGCAUGUCUUCUCGGUGUGUUUGCAGCUGUCCUUGUCUCAGAGACUCGGCUCAUUCAGUUUGUGAGGACUCAGCUCUUGCCCCGUUACACAAAGAAACGUACUUGAAUUAGACAGGAAAUGGACACGCUGGACUGGAAGAAAGCUUCUUUUUCACUUUAAACAGUUUUGACAGGAGCUGCCGAUUGAUCGUUACUGACAGCGAAAGCAACGAGGGAGUGACUUUUUUAAAUGGACCGCGUGUAUGCGCGUGUGGAUCUGUGUGUGCGUGUGUGUAUGAUGGUUUGUUUUCACUGGAUCAUUCCUCUACAAGUGUGAACAAACACGUCGCGCCUGUUUCGGGAUCUAAUUGUGGGUAUUGAAAAAGUGAAUGUAUUUUAAGAAAACGAGGAAUAAAUUUUCCUACACAAUAAAACAAGGCAACUUAAUUUGUGUUUGUGGUAUUAAAAUUAAUUUAAUGAAAAAAUAUGAAUGUUUAAAGUUUA